GUUUCUCUUCUUAAAAUUUAGCUAGAUUUGAAUAAGGCCCGAAUUGAACAGACCGAAAUAAUUAGGGUCGGGUUGCAGAAAAUGUCGGCAUCAGCUUUGCCGGACGAGCUAUGGAGACGAAUCCUUGAAAUCGGAAUUGAAUUCUACAACUUCAACUACAAAGAUCUUUGCUGCCUAUCCAUAACUUGCAGACGUCUCAACCGACUCUCCUCCGACGAUUCUCUUUGGUCCUCUUUGUUCUCCGCCGAUUUUCCCCAAUAUCCUAUUAAGCAACAUCGUUCGUCUUCUUCUGUAUCCAAUAAAUCGCUCUACAAAAUAAGAUAUGAAAAAGUCCGAGAACAGAAGGUUUUGGCCCAUAGAAGGGCCGUUUUAAGAAUUCAGAGUGAAAUUAAUGAGCAUUCUAGGAGGAUUCGGGAGACGGAACUUCGAUCUGCAGAGGAGAAAGAGAAGAUGAAGAACACUGUUGCUGAGUUUUUAAAUUUGCAUAAAAUCAGGGAAGCCUCAGUUGCACUAAAUGUUUGGCAGCCGGAGGUUGUCCGGGGUAAGCAAAAGCAGAUAGUUGAGCAAUGCAAUGUACCUGUUAACAAUCGUAUCCAUGCCAUUGAGAUGGAGCUCAAGCUUUGCAAACAGCAAGUUGAAGGGUUUGAGAAGGCCCUUAGAGUUGAAAAAAGGAGAAUGCAGGCAGCAAAGGAAAAGCUGGCUUCCGUAGAAUAUCACCCCUUGCGAGAUGNAGAUUUUAACUUAGCAGUCACACCGAUUGCUGAACAGGCCAUGAGAAAAAGAUUAAGAACAUCAUCAAGUAAAGAAACUAGGAGUUGAUGCAUCAUUGAAUUGGAUGAGUUACUCGUGGCAAGGAAUCUUCAAAUUGGUCUACAUGGCAAAUGGAUGGUACAAUGUUGCUGUUCAGCCUAUUUGCAUCUCUGUCCAAACUCAAAGUUAGGCACUUAUUUUGCAGUUGCUGUGUACCUGUUGAUUUUUUGUAAGUAUGGCAGAUUUGGUUCACCUCGGAAGCAUUUAGAAACAGAUAUAUGUGAUGUGGGGAAGGGGAGUACAAAUUUGAUGCUGUCUAAUAUGCUUGACACUGGGGAAGGGUGUUCAAGAAAAUGGAGGAUUAUUCUUCGGAGUCUGAAAAAGAGAGCAAAAUGGAUGUUGUGCAAUAGGAAGGGGACUUUACUUUGUGACUCACACAACUGACACAAAUUGUGCGGGGUUGUCUAUGUUGGACAAGUGGAGUUUGUGGAACUCAAAUGCCUCACACAACUAACACUUUUGGUUCACAAACUCUACUUGUUAUGAACAGGCAACCUUUUGGGGACCUAUAGUUUUCACUUGACAAACAUAGGCAACCUUGUAAAAAAUUUCAUCAGUUUUGGUGUACAUUAUUUUCUGAUAAUUUUCUUAAUUGUCGAACCAAAUAAUGAAAAA